AUGAAACCCAAUAAGACCAUUGGAAUUGCGAAGAAGGGUAUUCGCCUUCCUUAUGGCGCCCUGAACUUGAUCCCAACGACGAUGUUCCGUUCCCUGUUCUUGAGGAAUGCGACGUGCCGCCUCGUCAAAUCUGCCCCUCGAGCUCGAGGCCGUGCGCUGGGCAAGCAUUCAUACUCAAGCCAGCAGCACAAUCCAUAUUACUUCACCCUGCCACCAGUGCGGGCUCUCGGUCCAACAUUAUGGGUCUUCACCGCAGCCGGCACCAUAUACUUAAGCUGCGCAGCAUAUGAAGUCUACCAAGACGUACAGGAAUUCAAGAAGCGGCCGUUGGGGGAUGUCACCUACAACAACGUCGAUGACGUGAGGACCAACAAGGGUGUGCGCCAGUCAGCAGCGACCACGGGGUUUUCGCCUAUAGACAUCUUCACCACCCCGUGGUCUGGUCUCAAUAGUGCGGAGAAAAUGCUCGCAAUCAUCGGUGGUUUGAAUAUCGGUGUCUUUGGAGCUUGCCGUUUCUCGCCUUCAGCAACCUUGCUCUUUGAACAUAUACCUGCUAAUACUCGCAACUUUACGCUAUUCAGCUCCAUGUUUGGACAUGCGGGUUUUCUUCACCUGUUUUUCAACAUGUACGGCCUUUCCAUGUUUGGACCGCAAGUGGCCGGAAGCCCCACGUUCGAGUCGAGCGGCAGCCAUCUCACUGCUUUCUACUUGUCUUCGGGCCUGAUGGCAAGUCUGGCAUACCACUUCGGUACCAUCUGGCCAAACAAAACACACCGAAUUUCGCCUGGUUUGGGCGCCAGCGGUGCUAUCAUGGCACUGCUUGGCGCGUGGGCUAUGAACUAUCCGCAUCAACACAUUGGAAUUAUGUUCGUUCCUGGAAGUCUGCCGGCAGAGGAGGCUCUUCUCGUGCUCCUGGCAUUUGAGACAUGGGGGACGUUUAUUGGAUUCGGCGGACUCUUGAGAUGGGCUCAUGCAGCUCACCUAGGUGGAUUGCUCGUUGGAGUGGGGUACGUACAGUUUGAUGGCAAGAACAGAGUCUGGCAGCCUACAAGAAAGUUUGCAUUCAAUCAGAUGCGAAGAUUAAACUUGAUUUGA